AUGUCGACAACGGCCGUCUCCACUACCACGGCCACGGCCACAGCUAGCCCUCGCCAGCCGGACAUUUCCUAUCACCCCGACUACGAAAAAUAUCAGGCGCGCGCCACCCGUCGUGCCAAGCUCGACCUCCCGAAGACCCUUCCAGACGGUUUCCCCGCCCAGCUCCAGGGGCCCCUCGUCUGGGAGGGCCAGGGCCUCGCCGACCGCUACCAGUGGACCUACGUGCUGUCGCCGGCCCAGCUACAGGAGGUCGACGAGGCCCUUCGCAGCUUCAAGGCCCUGAACCUGCCCCUCGGCCGCCUGUCCCCAGACACCUUCCCCCUGCCCACGCUACACGCAGAGCUGCGCCGUCUGUCGUCCGAGCUGCACGAGGGUCACGGCUUCUUCGUCGUCCGCGGUCUGCGUGUUGACGAUUAUGAGCGCCGCGACAACAUCAUCAUCUACGCCGGCAUCUCUUCUCACAUUGCUGCGCUGCGCGGCCGCCAGGACACAAAAUAUGCCGGCGAGCCUGCCGAUGUCGUCCUCACCCACAUCAAAGACCUGACCCUGACGUCCCAGGGCCAGGAUGGCGUCAUCGGGAGCCCAGCCUACACGGCCGACAAGCAAGUCUUCCACACGGACACGGGUGACAUUGUAUCUCUGUUCGCCCUCGACUCGGCUGCUGAGGGCGGCGCCAGUCGUCUCGCGAGCACGUGGCGCGUCUAUAACCACCUCGCUGCCACGCGGCCUGACCUCGUGCGCACCCUGAGCGAGGGCUGGGAUGUUAAAGUCUUCGCCAAGUCUGACAAGCCGUACUGGACACGGCCACUGCUCUACCAUCAGCCGGCCACAGCCUCGGCCCCCGAGCGCGUUGUUCUCCAGUACGCCCGCCGCUACUUUGUCGGAUUCGGCGCCCUGCCGCGGAGCCCGCACAUCCCCCCCAUCACCGAGGCCCAGGCAGAGGCUCUGGACGCGCUUCACUUCCUAGGCGAGAAGUACAGCGUCGCCACAGACUUUGAAAAGGGCGACAUGCAGUACGUCAACAACCUCGCCGUCUUCCACGCGCGCGACGGCUUCACCGACACGCCCGAGAAGCAGCGGCACCUCGUCCGGCUGUGGCUGCGCGAUCCCGAAAAGGCAUGGGAGACGCCAGGCGACCUCGACGACAGGUGGCAACAGCUUUAUGACGGCGUUGACCCCGACACGCAGGUCUUCCCGUUGGAACCCUACAUUCGCAGUGAAAGCAACAAGGGGCGAUAG